AUGACGUUCGCUGGCGCUCUGACGAUCACGGACCUCGACGAUUUCCUCACCCCGUCGCAGGCCUGUAUCAUUCCCGUUCGCCAAUCCAACAAACCCGCAGGACAGGAAACAGGAGACAAUGCGAACACGGAGAUCCAGAUCGAUGCGAAUAACAACUACUACGAAGUGUCGACGCACAGCACAGCGCUGGCUGGCCCGUCCGCUGGUGUCGAGGUCGGGCGACAGGCGCUCAAGAAGGCCGAGAUCAGCUUGAACGACUGCCUAGCAUGCAGCGGGUGCAUCACGUCAACCGAGUCGCUGCUCAUCACGAUGCAGAGCCACAAUGAGGUGCUCGACUUCAUCAAGGCGGGCGAUUUUUCCCGAACCCCUGUGCUUUCGAUCGCGCCACAGACGCUCGCAUCGCUCUCGGCGUCGUAUGCCAGUGGCCAGAUUCCGCUGCGCUCACUGUUGCGGAGGAUACGCGCCUUCCUGUCAGUGCCGGAGCGGGGCGGGUGGCAGGUGUGGGACACGACUUUUGCGCGUCACGUCGCGCUGCGCGAGAUGGUCACCGAGUUCAGGGAGCGGCAAGGCGCUGCAGAGCGGGGCGAGAAGAUGGUUCUGCCGAUGCUCGCGUCAGCAUGCCCGGGGUGGGUAUGUUAUGCUGAGAAGGCGCAGGGAGACCUCCUCCCGUUGCUGGCCGCCGCGCGUUCGCCGCAGGGUAUCAUGGGCGCACUCGUCAAGCAGUGGUACGCGCGCCGGCUGGACCGCAACCCCGCCGAGAUGUACCAUGUCACGGCGAUGCCUUGCUACGACAAGAAGCUCGAGGCGAGCCGCGACGACUUCUACUCUGAAGCCUUCAAGACGCGCGACACGGACUGCGUGCUCACAACCGGCGAGCUCGACUUGCUCCUCCACGAGCUCGGCUUCGACCCACUAGCUCCGGUGGAGGGGGAGGAUGCACCCGACACUGACCUCUUUCCCGAGCUCCUGCAACACCCCGGCUCGAGCUCAGGCUCGUACCUCAGUACGCUGAUGUCCGCGAUCGCCGCGGCUCAUCCACUCCCGACGUGUGUGCACACACGGGUUGUACGCGGCUCCACUGACAACGUCGAGAUGUUCCUGGAGGACAGUGAGGGUACGGUGCUGUUCAAGGGCGCGAUCUGCUACGGCUUCCGCAACCUGCAGAACCUGGUGCGCAAGGUCGGUCGCGAGACUGGUAUCGGACGAGCUCGUCCCGCUGGCGCGGGGCGGUUGCAGGCCGCCGUCGCGGCGCGACGGAGAAAGGCCCGCACAGGCCAGGGCGAGAUCCAGACGCCAGCGACACCGGCGUCACCAGCAACUCCUGAGGGAGAGGGGAAGAACGGGACUGGCGACGACGUGGCUGGCGCGGCCCUCGUUGCUUCCCGCGACGCCAAGAAGCUGGACUUUGUCGAAGUCAUGGCCUGCCCCGGUGGAUGCGUGAAUGGUGGCGGGCAGAUGAAGCCUGCGUCUAACACAGUGGAUGCGGAAGGGUACGCACGGCCCCUACCCGACGACGGCGUGGCGGAGCCCCCACGUUCCACUGGCCUGGCGAGUGAAGAGGGUAUGCGGUGGAGCACCAAGGAGUGGGUCGCCGAGGUCGAGCGCGUCUAUUGGACUGGGCUGCCAACACCACCAACCAGUCCAAGGAUACUAGCACAGGACGCGGCGCUUGCCCAGUGGCCGGAGAGGACGCGGGCCGCAGACGGCCUGGCAGACCAGGUCGUUAUGGACAUGUUGGGUGUGGAUGGCGACAGGUACGCCUGUGUCCGGACGCGGUUCAAGCGCGUCGAGGGCGACGUACUGAGUGAGGGUGGGCUCACGCACGAGCAGGUCAAGUGGUAG